GAGAUGAUGCUCAGUUUCUUCUUAUGCCUUCUGUAGGUGGGGAUUCCCCUGACCACCUUCAGGCAUGGACUCCUGGGACUCUCUUGGCUUUUUGAUCCUUGUCCUCAACUACAAUGUGACAAUUAUAGGAAAAAUGUGGUUAACUCUAAUGGUCCUGCUGAGACUACUGGUGAUCUUCUUCGCAGCGUAUCCUCUUUACCAAGACGAGCAGCAGCGCUUCAUCUGCAACACCUUGCAGCCGGGAUGCACCAACGCAUGCUAUGACAUGUUUGCACCCAUAUCCCACUUCCGGUUCUGGCUUGUCCAGACGGCCUCUGUCCUGCUCCCUUAUACUCUGUUUUGUGUCUAUGUGUUUCACAGUGUGGCCAGGCAGCUUGUGAAGGCGCGUUCCCUGCCUUACCGUCGUUACAAAGAGAUCAAAUCCACCUCAGGCCACAAAAUGUCCAAGAAGUCUUCCAAAGGGGUGGCAGGGGGCAGAAUCCCCUGUGAGGCAAACAAAAUGGAUAUUCCGGAUUUUUCCAGAGCAUAUACAGUCCAGCUUCUUCUGAGAAUGCUGGUUGAGGCUUGUUUUGGGUCGGGCCAUUACUAUCUUUUUGGGUUCUUUGUUCCCAGACGUUUUGCCUGUUACCAGUUCCCUUGUGCGAGCUACGUUGAGUGUUUUGUUUCCAGGCCCACCGAGAAAUCCAUCCUGAUGUUCUUCAUCUGGGGACUCAGCGGCUUCUCCUUCCUCCUCAGCCUCAUUGACCUGACCUUUGCCUUCCGAAGCAGCAUUGUCAGAAGUCACCGAAAUAAGCUGUUGUCAGAAAGGCUGGGGACUGAGGAGAGAUGUUGCCCUGGAGUUCUCCAAGGCAACAAACCUAGCAAAGACUUACUUGACUUUGGGCGAGGAGGCCAAGGAAUUCUAGUCACCCCAGGCAGCUGUAAUAACGUUGACUCUUGUUUGCUUGGCUGUGAAACGAAGGAAGACCUGUCGCCUCAGCCCGCGUUGACUUCCCAGCCAACUAUCAGCUUUAACCUAAACAGUAACAAGCCAUGUGCAACCAUGAAUCAAGACGGCAAGGGAGUGGCCUUUCAGGGUUGCGAGCCACGUGAGAUUUUGCAUGAGCAACCCAGAUGCAAUCCGCUGCCAUGCCCCCUGAAAGGAGCUUUAGCUCUCAAGCCCCAAGACGGCUUCCCUCGGGGAGUUAAUUCAUCGGCAAGUUUCAGCAAGCCUUCAGUUCAUUAUUCUACUUUGGAAAGGAAGGCUUCCGACGUCCAGUCCGUCUGCAGCAGUGCCGGAGGCUCGAAAUCUAAAAAAUCUGAAUGGGUGUGAAGAGCAUGUUGUGUUGGCACAGCUCAUGCAUCAUGAAGGUCCCUUCUCGUAUCACUGAAGAGAAACAGCCAUCUCAGAAGAGUGCCGUGUCUUCCACCUGAAAUAUUACCG